UUGUGCAUUCCUGCAGCGCUAGAGUGAUCCUGUUCUCAGGACAGUUGACGCUCAGAGAGAGCAUCCCGGAACAUCCGACAGACAGCCAGAGAACAGCCCCAAACCCGGGAGAUGAGAGAGUAAUGAUGACAUCACAAGGCGAGCUGCGGCGCAAGGUGAAGACGACGGGGAGGUCAGACUCGUGGACACAGGUCAGCUGCCCGUGCUGCACCUCGGACCACGUGGAGCCCCUCGUUCUGAUCCAGCUGGCGCCCAACAUCCAGCCCACCACCAAGAAAUGGAUCAUGUCCCGGAUUGAGGCCCCAGAAAAAGAUGGAGGGGCAGUGCUGCUGGCCCACCCUGGAGAGGACAAAGAAGGGGACAUAAUCUUAGUUUCAGCACCACGCUGUACCCUCCUGCGCGUCACAGAGGAGCUGGGCCUUUGCAAGCUUUACGAAGAUGGCAGCAUGACUCCUUUCUCCUACCAGGACCGGAGCAGCUUCAAGAACAUUGACGACAUGCAGGAGUUCAUGACGGUGGCAGAGCGUCAGUAUGUGGUGAAGUACGAGCUGGACUCUCUGCGGGUUCAGAAGGACCAGUACAUCCCGGGACUCCCAGAGGCCAAGGGGCUUCUGCGAGCCAGAGGGAGCAUCUUUCAGAAGCUUGAGAAGGUGGGGGUAAUACAAGCUGUCAUUCCCCUCCAUGAUCAAAGCCAGCUGGAUUCCCUGGCAAAGACCUGGUACUCUGGGAAACAACUGUGGAGCCAGCCACUGGACUCUAUCCAGGCAUACUUCGGUGGCUCGGUGGCCUUCUACUUCAGCUUCUUGGACUUCUACACCUGGGCUCUGGUACCCCCUGCCCUGUUGGGUGUGGUGUUGGUGUUCCUCCUUCCUGCGGGCGGGGCCGUGGCGGAGGCAGGCAAGGGGGAAGAGGACGGGCCCUCGGUCAGCGGCCACAUGGUGCAGGCGGUCUUCAGCAUGCUGUGGUCCACGCUGGUCAUGGAGCUGUGGAAACGCCGGAGCUCCUCCCUCUCCUACCGCUGGGGGACGCUGCAGCUGACCGAGCGCUUCGCCGAGCCCCGCCCCGGUUACCACGGCACCAUGGGCUACAGCCCAAUCACGGGCCGGCUGGAGCCCCACUUCCCCUCCUGGCAGCGGAACCUGCGGGUGGGCCUGGUCUCCCUGCCGGUGGUGGGGCUCUUCCUGGGCCUGGUGGUUCUGGGCAUCGCCGGGUUCUACCGCGGGGAGGCGCUGGCGAGGGAGGUGCACGAGCACCGCGGCUCCCUGUUCUCAGCCGGCCUGCUCUACGUGCCCUCCCUCGCCCACAUCGUGUACGUCAACUUCCUGGGGACGGUCUACAGCAAAGUGGCCCUGGCGCUUACCGAGUGGGAGAACCACAGAGAGGAGUCAUCCUUCCAGAAUCACCACACCACCAAGGUCCUGCUGUUCAGCUUCUUCAACUGCUUUGCCGUGUUGUUCCACAUCGCCUUCGUCAAGCAGGAUCUGCCACUUCUACGCAAGAGAUUAUCCUCUCUGCUGAUCGUGACCCAGCUGGUGAACCAAUGCACAGAGGUCCUGGUUCCGUUCCUGGUGGACCGGUUCCUCAGCACCUCUGAGAAGAACCUGAAGGAGGACGACCCAAAGGUGGAUAAAGUAAGAGCCCAGGGCAGCCUGCCACCUUUUCCUGGCCUGUUCGCAGAGUACAUCGAGCUCCUGGUGCAGUAUGGGUAUCUGAGUCUUUUCUCCUGCGUGUACCCCCUCACCGCCGUCCUCCUGCUCAUUAACAACGUGACUGAGAUCCGCUCUGAUGCAUUCAAGAUCUGCAGACUCUUCCGGAAACCCAUCUCCGCCCCUGUCUCCAACAUGGGGGUGUGGCAGGCUGCGUUUGAGGUUCUGGGAUUUGUCUCUGUCAUAUCCAACUGCUGGCUGUUGCUCCUGUCUCCACGAGUUAAAGAGUUCUGCCAGGAGGCCGGGUACAGCAGCCGCAAUGUGCUGCUCUUUGCCAUCCUAGUGGAGCACGUCCUGAUCCUGAUCAAGAUGAUUCUGGCCUUUGCAAUACCGGACGAGCCAGACUGGGUCAGAAUAAAAAGGGAGGAGAUCGAGUACCACUCCCUGCAGGCCUUCAACCGGCAGAAGCUGUGAUGGCCCUGGGAUGUAUGCAGUUCACGCUGUUCACACUCUGCCCUGCUUGCACUGGGGGAAAACCUGCCUAAAGCAAAGAGAGGUUGGAGAAGGAGGUCCAAGUCUUCCAGAACACAAUAAUACUCCAGGACCUCAUAUCCGGUACAAUAUCACCCCCUGGAGGACAUAUUCUGUCACUGCCUGGAGGGACCAGUAUUUCAAAAUGGAAGUCCCUUGAAGCAGGACAUCCGCCCAAGGAACUACUGACAAGGAAAAUUGUGUAUUUAUUGAAUUUUAUCUUCUUUUUGUUCUAUAGUCUGAAGUUUUUAUAUGGUACAUAAAUCUUAAAUAUGCACCACUGGUGUAUAAAACUGAAGAAUGUAAGACAACCAUAGUUUAAAUCUGCAGCAAAAAUUACAAUACAUUAGCUGACAUAUAAGGCAGCAUAUCUUCCCAAAAAUUUUUAAUUAAAUUUUAAAAGAGCGACUGACACUAUAUAUGCAGACCAAUUAACAUUUACUGCUAAUGCUAAAUGCUUAUAGCCAAAGAGAUGUGAGUGGGUAGAGAACACUUUUCCUCAGUCAGUAGCUCACACACUAAACAUUUCUCUUGGGAAAUAAGUGAUCUUACCCACCACAUAAGAUGUCAGCAAACUGGUGGAGCCUGUGUUUGUAAUGCUGUAAUAUGGUUUAUGGCAAGAAAAACUGUUUUCUUGUUUUGCAAAAUGAAAGAUUGAGUUUUCUUUAUGAACUGUUAAAAUCAGCGCCACAACGACUGUCAACAGUGGUGUGUUUGCCGAGUGCCUUUGAGUUGCUAAGCUGACAUCAUUGAGAGAAGCGCCGUAAUCCUUCAAUCGGCGGCGGCUCCUGCAGUGCAUUGUGGGACUUGCUGCAUGAAAUAGCCAUUGGCUGCAAGUGAGUAGUGUACUGGAGAAUUGCAUGUGCCUUGUUUCUUGUGCAAGGCGCAACUGGGCAGUACCAAAGGGGCAGGAAUCCACUGACUCCUGUUUCAGUACAGCAGCUGGUUUUUCUCACCAGAUGUGUCAAUCAUCAUCAAAAUUCACCAGGGUCUUGAAACGCAGAAGUUGACCAAUCAAAUUGUGUGUUCACAUGCACUACUCAUUCACUGUUUUAGCCUUGAGUGACACAUGAUCUGCUGUAACUUUUCACUGUGUACCUGCAACUAUGAAGCUGGUGGCCACUGGAUUUAAAGGAUUAGAGUGGUACAUUGGACAUCUGGAAAGUGGUAUUCAUCAUAAUCAUCAUAAUCAGCACCACACCGGCCUCUCUCUACACUCUACUGCCUUACCCCACACAUGCCUGACAGCCCAAAUAAAUCACCACGCCUCGCUCAUGCUUAAUGGUUGAAGCAAUUCAAUUAA